UUACAGUCGUCUUUGUUAUUACUGAAUUCAUGGUAUUAUUCAUACCCCUCAUGCCAGGUUAAACAGUCUGGUUUUGAGGAGGACGUUGGCUACAGAACUACCGUCUGUCUGACCUACCCAGAGGGGGCGCCCCACUCUGCCAGACAGCACAGCAAUACCUCACUGCUGGUUGUGGCGCUGUACAAGAGACCUAGACUGGUUCACCACAGUUAUGGCCAAGCAAUCUGGUUGGUGAACUAAGCUGUGGUUCUGGCAGACAAUGUGGAGUCUUCAUGCUGAAAACUCCAGAAUCCUGAACCCCGAGAUCAUCCGGGAGACCGCGUUGGGUUUCCUGGAGUACCCCACACUCCAACAAAGCCUAAUCAGUCUCAGCCAGAAGGUGCCCACUCUGGGUGUGAUGGCAGUCGUCAUGGUGCUUCAUCUGUGUGACAAGGUCAGUCUAGCGGGGUUUGGAUAUGACCUGAAACACCGCAAGGGCCCCCUGAACUACUACAAGACUCUGAGCAUGGACGCCAUGGGGGCGCAGUCACUUCAACGGGGGAGCUGAGAAAAUUCAUGAGCUGCAGCAGUGAAUGACCUGACUGGAGGGGGUCAGCUGGUAGCCCAGAACUCUGGUU